AUGUGGACUCGCCGGCUCUCCACCAAAGUCAGCCAUCACACCUACAAACAGUUGGGGCUAGACCACGUCAAGGGCUUGCCUCGUCACGAUGUGGUGCCGCUCAGCUGGCAGCAGUUCAAGCCGAAAAAGCUGCUAAUGCCACUGCUGCUGCUGCUGUUGACACUGAAGCUGCCGGUGAUUAUGCUCCACGGAUUUUUGGGGCUGAAACAAAACUAUCUGCUGGUAGGACGCAAAAUCAGCGAACUCACGGGGCACCCGGUGUUUGGAGUAGAUCUCCGUAACCAUGGCCAAUCGCCCCACGCCAGUCCUCACACUUACCCAGUAUUGGCUCACGACGUCAGUCAAUUGGUCGAGGACCAGCAAUGGCACGAUGCCAUAAUUGUCGGCCACCUGAUGGGGGCUAAAGUGGCGAUGAUCUGCGCGUUGCAGCACCCCAAACUCUAUUCGAAGCUCGUGAUUAUCGACAAUUCGCCCGUCCAGGCGGCACUUGUCGCUCUCACCCGAGAUUUGGAAGCUAUGGGCCACGUGGAGGCCCAGUACCGCCAAUUUAGCGAUAAGCCCACGGCAAAACAGCUUGACAAAAUUGAAGACAUUUUAAAGGAGUACGAGCCCGACGCCGGGGUUCGGCUUUUCCUCAAAAGCAACUUCGAUAAGCACGACCCCCUGCGGGCAUUUAGAGUACCCGUGCUCAAUUUUUUGAAAGACGAUGUCCUUAACGAUAUGGGGGGGUGGCCCGACAAUAUCCCCAAGCAUUGUCGCUUCCCCAAGCCGACGUUAGUGAUGAAAGGAGCCCAUCUGAAUUUCAUCAAGACGGAGUACAAACCCGCCUUCGACCAUUACUUCCCCAAUAACCAGUUGAAAGUAUACGACAGCGGCCACUGGGUGGUUCAGCAACGUCCCGAGGAAGUUGUUCGAGACAUCGUCGACUUUAUCAAUCACUGA